AAAGAUUCGAGAAGAGCGACACAUCACUAACACAGAGUCACUCCACCCAUAGAUGACUUCCUGCUCUCGUGAAGCAACAUGGCGUUUUGAAAUUGUGUUGAAGAUGUUCUUAAAGAUCACUUUCACUUUGACGACGCAGAGAGAUGAACUGAACUUCAGCUGAACAUGGAGCUGCUUAUGAUCCUUUUAGUGACUGUUAGUCCUCUUAUAUCUGACGGGCUGACUGUGCGCGGUCCGUCUGCUCCUCUGGUGGCUCCUCUGGGAUCUUCAGUGGUUUUUCUCUGUUAUGUUGAUAAACCUUUACCAAUGGAGGGUCUGGAGGUGGAGUGGAGAAGACCAGACUCUGAGACUUUAAUUCAUCUGUAUCAGGAUGGUAAGAGUCAAACAGAAGUCCAGCAGCAGGAUUAUCAGAACAGAGCUCAUUUCUUCACUGAUCAGAUUCAACAUGGAAACUUCUCCCUCCGUCUGGACGAUCUGAGAGCUGAAGAUGCUGGAGAAUACACAUGUACAGUUCACAGUCAGCAGAAGUCUGGUGAGACUGUGGUUCAAAUAAACGUUGAUGUUGAGCGUUUGCUAGUAUCAGGAUCGAGUCGCUCUAUAUCUGCGUAUGUUGGUGAAGACGUCACUCUGAACUGCUCUAUAGACUCUAACAUCACACUUCAAGACACUGAACAGGUUUUAUGGAAGAAAACAGAUGAAGAUGAAGAUAUUAUAGUUCUGCUCUUCCAAGACCAAGUGGUUAGACCAGAGGCAUCAGAUGAGCGAUACGGAGACAGAGUUGAGUUCUUCAUUGAUGAAAUCCCCAAAUUAAACUUCUCUCUCAGACUGAAGAGCGUCAGAACUGAGGAUAAAGGAGUUUACAUGUGUGAGGUGUUUGCUGGAGGACUUUCAGCCAAUACAACUGUACAACUGGAGAGACUGGGUUUCUCUGUUUUACACAUCGUGGUGUUGAUUCUCUGUAUUUCUGCGUCUGGAUCUGCUCUUCUGCUCUGCUGCCUGAUCUACUGCAGAUCACUGCAUAAAGGUUUUUUGGGCCAGCAUACUCAUAACCAUCAAUUUAAUCUGGGGUCUUCAGUGGUUUUGCCCUGUCAUGUUGAUGAAUGCUUAUUAAAGAAAGGUCUGAAGGUGGAGUGGAGAAGAAAAGACACGAAGACUCUGGUUCAUCUGUAUCAGGACGGAGAGAGUCAAACAGAGAAACAGCAGCAGGAUUAUCAGAACAGAGCUCAUUUCUUCACUGAUCAGAUUCAACAUGGAAACUUCUCCCUCCGUCUGGACGAUCUGAGAGCUGAAGAUGCUGGAGAAUACACAUGUACAGUUUACAGUGACCUUUCUACAGUGACUAGGACAGCAGAGACAAGUUUGGUACCACGAUUCAAGGUGAAAGGUUCCUCUGAUGAUGAGACGGUUCCUCUUGGAGAUUCAGUGGUUUUGUCCUGUCAGGUUAACAAAAGCUUGUUAGAGAAAAGUCUGAAGGUGGAGUGGAGAAGAGCAGACUCAGAGACUCUGGUUCAUCUGUAUGAAGACGGUGAGAGUCGAGCGAAUAAACAGCACAAAGAUUAUCAUCACAGAGCUCAUUUCUCUAAGAAGAUUAAAGAUGGAAACUUCUCCCUCCGUCUGGACAAACUGAGAGCAGAAGAUGCUGGAAAGUACACAUGUAAAGUUUACAGUGAGGAGGACUGUGUGCAUUCAGCCGACGCAGAGCUUGAGAUGGGGUUUGGUGUUAAAUGUCACAUACGUGCUCCUCUGGGAUCUUCAGUGGUUUUGUCAUCUUAUGGUCAGAAACCUUUACCAGUGAAGGGUCUGAAGGUGGAAUGGAGAAGAACAGAUGUAGACUCAGACUCAGACUCCUCAGACUCUGAGACUUUAGUUCAUCUGUAUCAGGAUGGUGAGAGUCAAACAGAAGUCCAGCAGCAGGAUUAUCAGAACAGAGCUCAUUUCUUCACUGAUCAGAUUCAACAUGGAAACUUCUCCCUCCGUCUGGACGAUCUGAGAGCUGAAGAUGCUGGAGAAUACACAUGUACAGUUCACAGCAAAAGUAAACAUGUGAUCUCAGUCAAGACAAAUCUGAUACUGAGAUUAUUAGAUCCAGUCUUUCGUCUUCACAUGUCUCUUGUCUUCUGUCCAAAUCUUCUGAUGUUUCUAGCUUUCAUCCUCUGGGGUGUUUCUGAAGGAUCUGUGAGUGAGACGGUGUGUUGUUGUGCUCUUUAUUUUCUGAGGCCUCUCCUGUUGCUCUGGGCAGCUCCGUAUAUUUAUAAUUUUACAGGCAGAAUUAACUCAUUGAGUCUGGAAUACAGUUAUGUGGUGGAGUAUUUCGCUCUCUCACUUGUUGUUUAUUCAGCUCUUUUUACAAGUGCUUGGCAAAAGCUUCAGAAUUAUGAUGUGUUUGACAUAGCCAUGAUAAUAGUGCUGUUUGUGAUCGUGUAUGUGUGCUGCCUCUGCAAAAUCAUUUACCUUUUAGUUACAGAGAUCUGGAAGAAAACUGGACGGAUAGUUAAGAUAUUUGAUCUUGUGGCUGAUAUGACCUUCCAAAUUCUGCCCACUUUACAAUUCAUCCUCCUCUUCUACACGUUUGGAGCCGGCGGUGAAGCAGGGUUGAUCAUGAUUGUGGUUUUACCAGUCUUACUGAUGAUGAUGACAAAUGAGAGAUGGAUUAUUAGAUGCAGUAAUGGGCUCGGCUUAUCACCUUUAGUCGUGAGGACAGUGAUGUUAAUCUUCAUAUUAGUGACGAAUGCACUGAUGAUCGGCCUUUACAUAUUCACUCUGGAAAAUCAAACAGAUCCGAUCGGAUGGGGCUGUGUGAUGGUGUUUCUGCAGAUACUCUGGACCGUCAUGUUCUUCACAGAUGCUGAUUUGUUCUACACUUUUCUCAGGUUGUCUCGAGAUUUCCGGCGUUAUGUUUCUGUGUAUGUGUUUGGAUCAGUGGCUGUAGUUUUACUGAACUCUGCUGCUUUAACAACUGAACUGAUCCUCAAAACAGUGAACGGUGAUCGUAUGAUGGCAGAUCUGAGGUUCAUCGUCUUUCCUUCUGAAUGUUUGUUUGCUGUAUCUCUGCUGAUUUCUGGAUUCUCAGGAUCCAAGAUCGCAGACUGUCUGAAGUCUUGUCAGACCAAGAUGAGAUCUGUACGAGUCAGAAGAUCACCCCAGCAGAACCAGAACACAGGAGAAACUCAAGAGAUGGAUCCUCUGAAUGCUUGAGAUCAGGAGCAGAAUCAGCCGGAUUCAGUGCUGGCUCAGACAUGAGAGAGACAGAGAGAUUAUUAUUAUUAUUAUUAUUAAUAUUAUUAUAACACUGCUGUUUGAUCUGAAUCAUGUGUUCAGUCUAAUGAUGUUAUUCUUUGUUAAUAUCACUGGAUUUACACUGAGAGAUCUGUAUUGUGUGUGUGUGUGUGUGUGUGUGUGUGUGUGUGUGUAAAUAGCUGUAAAUAUAUGCAGGCUGUGUUUUAGUGUCAAAACAUUUUUAUUUUGUAUAUAUGUGAUGCUGAUUUGUGCUUUAAAACGAAUCCUAGCUGUAAGCAAAUGUCACUCAUGUAAAUGAAUCAGAAACACUGAAUAGUUAACCCUUCAGACACCAGAUCCUUCAUUGUAACAUUAUCACAUUAUAAAAGCACUGUGAUACACAGGCUGUUAUUUAAUUUGGGAGGUUGAGAUAAUAUAGACAAUAGCAUCAUCAUCAUCAUCAUCAUCGUGUUUGGAGUUUGUAUUUCUACAGUGAAUUAUUAAAUAUUACUCCAGGUCA